AUGUCUAACGUCGACUCCCGUGUGGCUGCUGUGUUGGAUCGCAGCAACCAACAUGCAGAUUCCGAUGACGAAGAUGCCCUCAUCGCCGAGCUGGAAGAAGACGAGUCUUCCAUGGCUGCCUUCCGUGAACAGCGAUUGCAGCAGCUGCAUGGCGAAUUGGCCCGCGCAAAGGCUCAGCGCAACUCCGACUACGGCACCUACACCGAGAUCAAGGACGAGAAGCAGCUCAUGGAUAUCACCACUUCGAACAAGCUGUGUGUCGUCCACUUCAUGAAGCCUGACUUCAACCGCUGCAGAAUUAUGGAUCAGAAGCUUGCCGCAUUGGCGCCCAAACACUUCGACACCCGCUUCCUCAGCAUCAACGUCGAAAAUGCCCCUUUUCUCGUCGUCAAACUCAAAAUCCAAGUCUUGCCCUGUGUCCUCUCCUUUAUCGACGGCGUCAGCACCGACAGAAUCAUCGGUUUCGAAGGCAUCAGCUACAAGCCCGACUCAUUCACGCUGCAGGAGCUCGAGGCCCGUCUGCUGUAUGCAAAGGUUCUGGUCAGAAGCAAAAUGGUUGACGAA